CACCGACUCUCCCCAAUGGCGGGCUACCGCGGCGCCUCCUCCUCAUCCGCGGCCGGCGGCGGAGGGGCGGCGGCGUUCGCGACGCGCGUGCUCCUCCUCCUCACGCUGCUGCCGCUCGCGCUCGCCGCGUUCGCCUUCGCGCUCCAGUGGCGCGGCGGCAUGCGCGACCCGACCGGCGCCGCGUGGCCUGCCGACACGCAGCGGUUCCCAGGCAUGGAGAACAGCCCUCUCGGCUCCUCCUCCCAGGGAAGCGGCGGCUCCUACUUCGCCGUCUCCUCCGCGUCGGCCUCCUCUGCGGCCGCCGACUGCGCCGAGAUCCUCGGCCGGAGCGCCUCCUCCCAUGGCAUCUCCCUCUACCGAGGCUGGAGCUUCGACUCCGAAGCCGCUAUAACCCCUAAGAUCUGUAUCACGGGAAGCACAUCUGCUAGCCUACACCAAAUUCUUCCAUGGUUGUAUUAUCACAAGGUCAUUGGUGUUUCACACUUCAUUUUGUUUGUUGAAGGAGAGGCUGCUAAACCAGCUGUUACUUCGGUUCUUGAAUCUAUUCGGGGUGUAAAAAUUAUUUUCAGAACUAAAGAACUAAAAGAACAACAAGACAGAAGCCGCAUUUGGAAUGAGACUUGGCUUUCAGGUUUCUUUUACAAGCCAUGCAAUUACGAGUUGUUUGUUAAGCAGUCACUUAACAUGGAAAUGGCUAUUGUUAUGGCAAGGGAGGCUGGAAUGGAUUGGAUCAUACAUCUUGAUACUGAUGAGUUAAUUCAUCCAGCGGGUGCCAGGGAGUACUCUCUGCGGCGGUUGCUUUUGGAUGUUCCUGAUAAUGUUGACAUGGUUAUCUUCCCCAACUAUGAGAGCAGCGUUGAGCGGGAUGACAUCAAAGAUCCUUUUACUGAGGUUUCCAUGUUUAAGAAGAACUACGAUCAUCUUCCGAAGGAUACAUACUUUGGCCUCUACAAAGAGGCAACACGGGGUAAUCCAAACUACUUCCUCACUUACGGUAACGGGAAAUCAGCGGCAAGGGUCCAGGAGCAUAUGCGCCCGAAUGGUGCUCAUAGAUGGCACAACUACAUGAAAACCCCAAAUGAAAUCAAGUUGGAGGAGGCUGCUAUUCUGCAUUACACUUACACAAAGUUCUCAGAUUUAACUUCAAGAAGGGAUAGGUGUGGCUGCAAGCCAACAAAAGAGGAUGUGAAGCGAUGUUUUAUCUUGGAGUUUGACAGAUUGGCAUUCGUAAUUGCUUCAACAGCUACUGAGCAAGAGAUGAGGAACUGGUACCACGAACAUGUUGUAUGGACGGACAAAGAUACCAAUUUGAAGCUCUUGAGGAAGGGUGUUUUAACACGCAUAUAUGCUCCAAUGGCUAUUAUUCGUGGUCUCAAGGAAUCUGGCAUCUUCACCGCUGCAGUAACAUCCGCAAAAGCACACCCUAAAGUAAAGUUGUCAAACAUUGGUCUUGAAAACAAGGAGUCUAUCCACACAAAUGUAACAGCUGCCCGAUCCACUACGUUAAAAGAAGGCGGUAAUGACAAUUCCCAUGCAAGUGCAAGAAAGAUUCUGGAAAUGAUAGAUGUCCAGGAAGAAGCGAUGCCGCCAUUGUCACCCCCUGGUUUCCUUGAGCUCAUUGAAAGUGCAUUAUCAUGAAAUCAUGAGAGGUUCUGGAAGCGUGUUUGAUUGUUGUGAGCUGCCAAGAGCCGAGAUUCCUAACCAUGCAGUGUUGACCUGUACUCUUGAGCUUAUAUAUAGAUCUCUUCGUUGGUGCAGACUGUAGAUUGUCACUACUUAUAUGUAUAGAUAGUGCUGGGAGUGUUUGGCGUUGUGUUGUCAUGUCAACUCCUGAUGAUGUAUCUUGCUGCCAGUUUUGAACCCUGGAAAGAGGAAAACAUUAUCCCUGUAAGAGCCAUGCGUAAUUUGACCAUAUUUUAUUGGUUCUCGGGUUACAAUAUUCUUUGCGUAGGUGCAGCAAUCAAAAUGGUGUAAAUUGAGGACUGUAAACUAAGCACACUCAGUUGAUUGAUACAAUGUGGAAAGAAGACUGAACAAUUCCUUUUAUGGAUUUCUGUUUUGGAGAAAAAAUUCUGGACAAUAUAGAGAACUGGCAUAUGACAGGGUUGGGAAUUA